AGUCUUUGGAUAAAGGGACAGCUGAGCUCAAAAUAUGUUUUCUCAUACCUGGGCUGAUAGGCUUUUAACACAGAUUAUAUUCAAUUAAAAUACUUUGGAUGGACCUUUUGGGUUUUAUCCAGCUAUGGGGAAAACCACACGCAUGUGCUCAAGUUUAAAGCGGGCGAGAAACUUUAGUUUGCUUGUCAGAUCCAUUUCCAAUUUCAUCGUGAAGAAAGGACGGAUUAUCUGGACAGAAAUGUUUUCUAUUACAUGAGGUGAUGAUAAUUGACGACAAUGAUUUUCUAAAGACUUUUGGGAAGUAAACUGAGCGUCCCAUGGUGAACAUUGAAUCUGCAAAGUAUUAAAGAAACCACAAGGUUCACUUCCUUUAUGUUCCCCAGUCCGCUGCAGACACGCGUUCGUUCAUUGGUAAACAAACCCGAGGGAAAGCGUGUCGCCCUCCUUUGUUCAAUGUGAAGGUCCUGGGUUCCCUACCUUCCAGAAGCGGAUAGAUGUCGCUGUUGCUCCACGCAGGUUUUCUUCUCUCGCAACAACUUGACCCCGGUGACGUCACUGGCGUCUGAAUCAUCAAGGCCAUUUUCAAUCCUCAUUGGCCUAGUGAUCACGUGGUUGGGACCGAUGCGUGGAUAAUUAUGGUGCUGAUAUUUUUUUUUCCCCUCUAAAAAAAAGAUGUCAGCCCCUGGCUGUAGUAUUCCUCUUUAAAAUCCUUCUCUGAAAAUGUCAUGUCCCAACAAUGUGACUCCCAACUCGUUUUUGAUGGACUCGUUGGCUGGUACCUGCCGGGGAGAGAAUUACUCCUCUAAUCAAGAAAUGUAUAUGCAGUCGGCGAGCGACUUCAGCUGUGGGAUGAUGAGGAACUGUGGGAUCAUCCCGGCUCUUUCCAAAAGAGACGAGGUGAACCACGCCGGCGGGCUGUCCCUCAACACCUACCCGCCUUACCUUUCUCAGCUAGACGCCUGGUGUGACCCCAAAAACGCCUACCGAAUCGAGCAACCUGUUGCAAGGCAGCUGCCCUCCUGCUCCUUCCCGGCCAGUGUCAAGGAAGAAAAUGCUUGUUGCAUGUACAACGCCGAGAAAAGGGCGAAAAGCGCCUCCGAGGUCACCCUCUACCCCGGGCAGAUGCCUGAAGCUUGCCUAGCUGACCAAGAGGUGCCCCUGCCUAGCUACUACCGCGCCAGCCCAGGCUACUCCUCCCUGGAGAAGGCGCCCAGCGGCGGCAGCCCCGGCGCCUUCGAGGCCGGUUUCGAACCCAGGGCGGGUCUCGGCCAACCGGGCGAGCGUCGGGAGCAGACCCCGGGUCCGCCGCCGCCGCCGCCGCCCUCCGCCGCCUCCGCCGCACAGCAGCCCCAGCCGCCGCCCGAGCGGCCACCCCCACCUCCACCUCCGCCACCCGCCUCCCUCGCCCAGCCCGGAGCAACAGGGGGCUUCCCCGAAAGCGCCAAGCCGGAGCCCAACCUGAGGAACAGCCCGGCUGGCGACGUCAAGACCGAGAAGGGUCUGGCCGUGGCCAAACUCAGCCCGUCGGAAAGCGAGCAAAGCGGGCAGAAGUGCGCCGAGAGCAGCAGUGACAAUUCCGACCACGAGGCAAAAGAGGAUAUAAAGGCAGAAAACACGACAGGAAAUUGGCUGACAGCAAAGAGCGGAAGAAAGAAAAGGUGCCCUUACACUAAACAUCAGACGUUGGAACUGGAGAAGGAAUUCUUAUUCAAUAUGUACUUGACCCGCGAGCGCCGCCUGGAGAUUAGCAAGAGUAUUAAUCUAACAGACAGACAAGUCAAAAUCUGGUUUCAGAACCGCAGGAUGAAACUCAAGAAAAUGAACAGAGAGAACCGAAUUCGCGAACUGACUUCCAAUUUUAAUUUCACUUGAAAGUGUUCAGAGGAGGAAAGGACGGGCUAUAUGGGGAGAAUCAUUGCAAAUCUUGUGCAGUAUUUUUUUUAAUUAUUAUCAUUAUUAUUUUUCCGCCCCCCCCUGGGUAUAAACUACAAGGAGUAUAGGAGGGCAGGCGGGGAGGGGAAAAGAAGGCGACCUCAGGCUAUGUGUUAAAUUCUAUAAUUUGGAUAUUUACAGAUUAUAGAGCGGAGAUGCAUUCAUCAGUAUGAGCAUGCGAAUACAUACAUAUAUAUAUGUAUAUAUAUAUAUAUAUAUAUUGCAUCAGUGUUUCUACAUGUAAAAUAAAGAACCAGGUGGUUGCUUACUAGCUUUUCAAACAGCUUCUAAGAUGUUUUUUUUAAAUUAUUCAGAAACAGCACAAAGCAAAGGGAAGGGUGUGUUUUGGGGUGGAAGACUGAAGGAUCUACAUCUAUGCCCUUUUUUAUGUUUAGGAUACUAGCUAUGUUUGAAAGUUUGCUUUUCUUACCUUAGUGUAGCCUGCCUAUUGUACCACAAAUAAAAGAUAUACUGAUGCCAAUGAAUUUCAGAGUAUGUGAGUAUGUGGAAAUAGCAGAAAGAAAUGCUUACUCUGUGUAGUUAUGCAGUCUCCUUUCAGUAAGGUGGUGCUGUCACCCAUUAUAUUUAAAAAAGAAAAA